GUUCGUGAGGUGCGAGACGCACGCAAUAUUAGGCACGGUGUGCUCUCCAUCAAGGACGCCACAAUUGCACGAAGGAAGAAAAAAAAGCGUGAAAGCUCCGCCGCGGCAGUUUAACCAAGACACAAUCGCAGCCGGCAUUUAUUCCUCAUUCGAUGCCUCGGAAUUCGGUACGGGUGGAUCGCUUCGUCCUACAAGUGGUUGAGACUGAUAUGAAUGUAUGAGGAUGCAUUUUAACGAAGGAAGCGCCCUGUCGGCGAUUGUGUUCUGGUCAGCGCAGUGGUUUCGAGCUCUGACCACUUUGACCAGACCUUUCUCCGAAUGGAUUUUAGAUGCCAUCUACUCACUCUUUGUGGGUCCAACGAAGGUGCUUCCUCCCAUCGAGAACAAAAUUCUUCUUCUCUCCGCAGUCCAAUUAACCGAACGAAUUCGCAAGCGACAAAUAACCUGCGAAGAAGUGAUGAAGGCUUAUAUAUCACGCGUCAAGGAGGUCGAACCCCUCAUCAACUCGUGCGUUGACCAACGCUUUGAGGACGCGUUGAAGGAAGCUCAAGAAGCAGACAGACUCAUUGCCAGCGGAAGUAAGACAGAAGAAGAAUUGGCGAGAGAAUUGCCUUUACUGGGUGUUCCCUUCUCAUGCAAAGAAGCUAUCGGUGUAAAAGGACUGGCACAAACGAGCGGUCUUGUGUGGGCAGCAGAUAGAAAAUGUGAGGUCGAUUCGGACACUGCAGCUCUCUACCGGAAAGCAGGUGCCAUCCCGCUGGUUGCCACAAACGUUCCUGAGAUGUGCAUGUGGUGGGAGAGUGCCAACAUUGUGUUCGGAUGGACAAAGAACCCCUACGACAACAGGCGGACGGUCGGAGGCAGUUCUGGUGGGGAAGGUGCCAUUUUGACAGCAGCUGGAGCUCUUGUUGGAAUUGGUAACGAUAUUGCUGGAAGCAUAAGGAUCCCAGCCUCUUUCUGUGGAAUAUAUGGCCACAAGCCUUCCAAAGACCUGAUAUCAAACGACGGACAUUGGCCUGAAGAUGGUGAAGAAUACGACCAAUUCGUAAGCACAGGACCAAUGUGCCGGUACGUCGAAGAUCUGCCACUCCUUGUAAAAAUACUUUCAGGCGACAGACUGAACAAGAUACGGAUGGAAGAGAAGGUGGAUUUCAGAAAAGUAAAAAUAUUUUACAUGGAAGAAUUUCCUGGAUUGCUGCUUUCAGCCACUUCCGACAUAAAAGCGGCAGUCAAAAAAGCAGCCACGCACUUUGAGACUGAGUAUGGAGUUCAAGCAGUUCGGUUAAAUAUUCCAGAACUAGCCCUUGCUUUCUACAUGUGGGAAUGCAAACUACUGGAAGCCGACGGACCUCCAUUUAAAAGUGCUUUGUGCAGACCGGGUGAAGAUAGGGAAGUCAGUCUGUUCUGGGAGUUCUGCAAGAGCUUAGUCCGUAAAUGUGAGCACACAUGGCCUGCACUCUUCUUUGCAACUGUUGACAGGCGAGAAAAGGACAAGUUUUACUACAAAUGUCUUGAAGAGUACAAAAUUCUCGAAAGGAAGCUGAACGAAGCUCUUCAGGGAGACGCCAUUCUCCUUGUACCCACCAGUCCCGAUCCUCCCCCGCAUUACUUGAUGACAAUCCCGAAAUAUUGGAAUGUUGCAUAUACCUGCAUCUUCAGUAUCCUGGGUUAUGCAUCCACUCAAAUUCCCACCGGUCUGAGCAAUGGAUUGCCGAUUGGGAUUCAAGCAAUCGGAAGACAGUACCAAGAUCACUUGACGCUAGCUGCUGCCGUGGAGCUUGAUAAGGUUUUUAGGGGAUGGAUUUGUCCUUGUCCUAUAAAUGUAUGAAGUCAAACUGGUACUUACGAAUUUUAGGGUGAAAAACAUUAAUUAGGCGUAACUUAUGCAUGAUUCACCAGUUACAACGAAAAAGCAAGGAGAACUGACCAUAAUAGCUUUCUACCUGAAAGUUUUAUGUUCUCUGAUUAUAUAAUCUCGUUAAAUAAUGAGAAGGAUCUGUUGCUUUUAUAUUUACUGUAGUGGAAGCUACUGUAACCAAGGACAAAAUUUACUUUUCAAUUUUAACUGGUCUCUGGGAAUGGAUAAACGAUUUUUUUUUUUUUUUCUUUUUGGCAGAAUGUACAACUUAUCAUCUAAUUUGGCAAUUUUUCUCAGAUGAAAAUCUCAAAGCUUUCAACUUCAAAAAAUUUUUUUUUAAAAACCUUCUUUUUUGUCCGUUUGUACAACACCCCGUUCACUCCGCGGACAGGUGCCUUUGUACCCGUGGACCUACAAGAAAUAAUAUAUAAAUAGGUCUGAGAAACUCAAUUAUACUUAAUACAUUUUUAUAAGCAUUUUAUAUUGAAAUACUUCAAACAUCCAUUGAAAAUAACAUUAAAUAAAUUAUCCUAUAGAAAUUAAACUUUAAAAAUUAAUCGAAGGUUUUUUCCCUUUUUUUAAAUUUUAGUUAAUUUUUGACAUCAGUAAACUCUUUAAAAAAGUUUUUACUCUUAAGAUAGUUAAUGAUGUUAUGAAUAAUUAAUAUGUUUUUAAACAAAAAAAAUAACUAGAUUCAUCAUAUUAUGGCUCUCUAUGUACCUACAUAAUAAGCUCAAUUUAUAUGCAAAUUGAAACCUUUAUCCAAAAUUAACCCAUUAAAAAAAAACUCAAACUUCAAAUUCAUCAUCAUUGUUGAAAGCAAAUUUCGGACGUUGAUGACCAGGCACCAUUUUGAGGUACUUCACAUUGUAAAAAGGCUCACGUGUGACCCAAGGAGACUAAAAAUUGCCGUCCGUGGGUACAUAUGGUUAUGUGUCCUUGGGUACAAAGGUACGCCAUUUUGGUUUUGCAAGCCAGUCACAUCGACAAGACCACAGUUUUGCAACAUUAAAAAUCAGAAACAAAACCUUCAAAAUAUAGAGAAUCAUCAUACCUACAACAAAAAUGAAUAAUACAAUACACGACGGACGAAAAAAAAAGAAAUUGCUCAUGUUAUUUUUUACUUAGAUCCUACUAAAACCGAAAAAAUGUGAUAGAAUCUUAAAUCUUCGUUUGAUGGGGUUGAAACUUCCCGGGGGUACUGGAGAGGGCUGUGACACACACGUUGAACCCCAAUUAGGCUCUCUCUCGACGAUACCCGGAAUUUCCCGAUCGACGUCCGUAGGUACAACUGUCCGUGGGUACAGCAGCUUCCCCUACAUUUUGAAUUGUUAUUUAUCUUCCAAAGAAAUCUUAUUUGUUUGAAAAAUUAUUGCUAUUAGCAAUUUGUCUUCCAUUUUGUAUUUUUAUGAUUUGAAUCGAUUUCCAAGUUAGUGUUAUACAAUGUUCGUAUUUUUUUAAAAAAACGCUUGUGAAAUCAUUUCAACUUCUAAAUAUUUCACUUCAUUUUCUUCUGUUGUUCAAAGCACUAUAUGCUUCUUGACUCUUCUUCCUUGUGCUUAUGUUUUUUGUAUCCAAACUGUCAAUUUCCAUGUCUGUGAAGAUAUUUGAGUAUUGUUUCAAUAAUCAGUUCAUGUAACAUAUUAAGAGCAUAAAUGAAAAUUUUUAAUAAAAUCAUUGAACUUUUAUAA